UGCAACAAUCAAAUAUGGAUGACGACGGGCUGCCGGUGGUUGGGCCCGGCGUGGAUUAUACGAGGGUAGCACCUAUCCAGCAGAAGCGAACCCUGGCAUUUCUGAACUACUUCAUCGUUAGGACAACAUCAUUCCUCAACCACUUUGGAUCAUUAUGUGACGAGAAGCUCCAAAACCUGCUAAUUAGAAUACAACGGCUAGAGGCUUCAAUGUGCAUUCUAGAAGCCAAGCUAUCGUCGAUCCCAGGCACUGCACAAGUGUCCAAGGAAGUGCAUAAGGAAAGCUCUUCAAACAGUGCAGCACCUCAGCAUCAGGUUCAAAAUGGACUGAGUACUGAAGUAACGAAAGACCCAGUACCAGAAAAGCCGGCUGAACAAGAGCAGCGUGAAUCUGAGAACCCAGUGUCGAAAGACCCGAGGUUUGCCAAGUAUUUCAAGAUGCUCAGUGUUGGAAUACCAUUGGGAGCUGUGCAGAUAAAGAUGAAGAGCGAAGGGGUGGAUCCUGAUAUUCUAAAUGAUCCUAACGCACCUGCACCCGCCAGCGCAACAGCAGUGCUAGCAUCCUCCAGUGAAGCUGUGAACAGUGACUCUGAAGAAAGCAGCUUCAGUGACUGAAUUGUACUUGGCUGUAACUUACGUUCCUUGCUACGGACACUCCUCCUUUGGAGAAAAUUUGUGGGAUCUCCUUUGGGGAGGCUAUUCCACGAACAAAACCUUCCAGGUACGAAUAACGACGGCUUUGUAGAAGACUGUUGGAAAAGUUUCUCUUGUCAAGCGGUACUAUUAAAAUGUUUUGUUCUUUCAA